UAAUAUAACUGAUAACAAGUUUUGUGGAGAUAAAACAGGAAAAAUCAUCGCUAGGUCAAACAAAAAAACAAAGAUCAUACAAAACUAAGAAACAAAGAUCAUACAUAAUCAUUUUGAUCGAAAAGACAAAACCCUAAAGUUUCAUUACUCAAAGAAUACACGGCGAGACAAGAAUCAAUUAUCAAGACAAGAAUGGCGAGGGCUCUUGUGAUUAUAAACUGCAUCAUUCUGGCAAUAGGAAACUGUGGAGGUCCUCUGAUCAUGCGUCUCUACUUCAACAAUGGUGGCCACAGGAUUUGGUUCUCCACUUUUCUUGAAACCGCAGGCUUUCCGAUCAUAUUCAUUCCUCUCCUCUUCUCUUACCUUAACCGGCGCCGAAGCAACAACAAUGAGAGCGACAAUACACGGUUCUUUCUCAUAAAGCCACGUCUCCUAAUGGCUGCGAUUCUGAUAGGCAUUCUCUCAGGGUUUGAUAACUACUUAUACGCAUAUGGCAUAGCUUAUCUUCCAGUUUCGACAGCUGCUCUCAUCAUUGCUUCACAGUUAGCAUUCAUAGCUAUCUUCUCUUAUUUUAUGGUCAGCCAUAAGUUCACUCCUUUUACCAUCAAUGCUGUUGUAUUGUUGACUGUUGGAGCUGCGGUGUUGGGAAUGCAUACCGAAACUGAUAAGCCCCUUCAUGAGACUCACAAGCAGUACAUGAUUGGGUUCUUGGUGACUGUAGCAGCCGCUGUUAUGUAUGCAUUUCUCUUGCCAUUAGUGGAACUUGCUUACCAGAAAGCUAAACAACCCAUGAGCUAUACGCUCGUGCUUGAGGUUCAGAUGAUUUUGUGUUUCCUUGCUUCUUUAGUUAGCCUCAUUGGUAUGCUCAUCGCUGGUGAUUUCAAGGCUUUACCAAAAGAAGCAAAAGAGUUCAAGCUUGGAGAGGCAAUGUUCUAUGUAGUGGCUGUAUUUUCAGCCAUAAUAUGGCAAGGAUUCUUCCUGGGAGCCAUUGGUUUGAUCUUCUGUGCAUCGUCUCUUGUCUCUGGUAUAAUGAUAUCAGUUCUUUUGCCCAUCACAGAGGUUUUAGCUGUUAUUUUCUACCAUGAGAAGUUUCAAAAAGAGAAGGGUCUUUCUCUUGCUCUGUCCCUUUGGGGUUUUGUCUCUUAUUUUUAUGGUGAGAUCAAAGCUGACAAGGAUAAAAGAAUACAAGAGGAGGCACAACUGAAUUCUUCUUUGCCUAGAAGAACGAGAAGUACUGAGUGUUAAACUUAAACACAUCAGCUUAGAAAGACAUCAUAAAGGUUUCCAUUACUUCAUUUAAUCCCUGUUACAGUGUUACUAGAUUAGAGGAUAUUAAACAUCGUGGAACUAUAUGCCAAACACACGUAUCUAAGAACCUUUUUACCUUUUAUACUACUUUAAUGAAUUUGUGACAGAAAAGAUGCAAAGUUAGUCUUGUGUUGUCUUCUGCUGGUUUAUUUUAGCUUUGAUAUCUCGUGGUGGAGGUUUCAUCCUAUUGACUUGUUUAAAAAUAUCGCCAGCAGAACCCGUGUAUCAAGAAAUCGAUACGAAGACUGGCUGGCCUAGUGCCACCAGUUGAGAGCUUCUGGUAAAUCCUGUUUGGUUCACAGGUGAGAGGAGAUAAUAUUCAGUUGAAUCACAAUGCAAAGGUAAAACCUUAAGACAACCGUACCAAUUUUUUAGCUUUCUCUAACCACGUAUCUUUCAACUCACACUGCUUCCCCUAAGGUAUUC